AUGGGAACAAUCUCACAAAAUCACUCCAAGUUAGACUCGAACACGAUUGCUGAGGCUAUGAAGCCAUUGGUUGAAUCCGAUCCAUCCAUAAAGAUCAAAUUUAUAAUUGCAGAAGUCCAGACAAGAUUCAACUACACUAUUAGUUACCGGAAGGCUUGGCUGGUAAAGCAGAAGUCGAUAGCCAAGGUUUUUGAUGGAUGGAAAGAAUCUUACGAAGUUUUGCCAUUAAGAGCUUUCAAAUAUUGCAAGCCGCUGGUUCAGAUUGACGGGACCCACCUAUAUGGAAAAUAUAAAGAUUGCCUUUUGGUUGCAGUUGCGCAAGAUAGGAAUCAAAACAUUGUACUGAUUGCUUUUGCCAUUGUCGAGGUAAAUCGUAGCGGAGGUGAUCGGAAACCUCCGAGAGCAUGGUGGAUGUUUUGUAUUCGGUACAUUGGUAGCAACUUCUUAAGGGAAUUCGAAGUUCUGAACUUGCAAAAGCUUGUGGUCAACAUUGGGUAUUCAAGGACAAUGGAGGAGUACAACGUCAACUAUAGGAGGUUGCAAGAACGAGGUGAGGCAUAUGUUUGUUGGUGCGACAACAUCGAACGUCCCCAGUGGGUGUUGGCAUUUGACGAGGGACAUCGAUGGGGUCACAUGACGACGAACCUUGCCGAGUGCAUUAAUUUGGUGUUGAAGGGUGCUCGAAAUCUUCCUAUCUUGCGCAAGCGUGCUGGAUUUACUUUCUCAAAGUUUGAGACUCAGCGGAUAGAGGCAAACACGCAGCGUGCAGGUAACAUCGUUGUGCACUGGUUUGAUAGAAGAAACGAGGUGUUUGAGGUGCGCGGAAUGCCUAGUGGAAAAGUGUUAGUUGUUGAUCUUGCGCGACGGAGGUGCGAUUGUGGGAAUUUUCAGGUGUAUGUCGGCGAUAUAUACAAGAUUUCAGAGAUUCAGAAGGUCUAUAGAGUUGAGUUUGUUCCGUUAGGUGACACGGAGACAUGGCCUGAUUACCCGGGACCGACGAUGGUCGCGAAUCCUGCCUUGAGAAAAAAGUCAAAAGGUCGUCCCAAAUUGACUCGCUGA